CAACGACUCUCCAUCCAUCCAUCCACCUAUUUCCGCACAAAAGGAACAAAAAAAAGAAAAAAAGAAACGUCAACUCCUCUUCUCAUCAUCAAGAGCCACGAAUCAUAGAACCCAUCAGCUGCGAAAGGACUGUAUCAAUUUAAUUGAGAGUUCCUCGAACCGUUAUGCUGCGCCAUUCCAUCUCGCAAAUCUUCUACUCCAACAGCCCACACGAGCAGGAAGCCGAAAGGGAGAACGCUAUGAUUUCUUCUCUGCAACCUAAUAGACCUCAUCUACAACCAGCCGCGUCCCCAUUCGCCUCUCCCUUAAACCAGCAACCCAGCCACUCAUUCUCGUCCGCCACCCCAUCAUCAUCAUCAUCAUCAUCAUCAUCCUUCCCCUCCUCUCCUAACCCUCCUCCUCGGUCGCAAAUCGAAGCAAUGCCGCCCUCUCUGCCCCUCCGACCGCUGCAGAUCCUGCACGAUCGAAAAGUGGGGGUGCUGCUAGAUGCAUCGGUCAGACACCCCGUGUUCUUCACGGAUCGCUUGAAGAAAUCUCCGAAUGGCGUGGGCGAUGAUGGGUGGACGAGUCCGGUGGCCGCUGGGUAUGUGUUUAAUGAUGAUGUGAGGAGGGAGGGUUGGAGCCGGUUGUGAGUUUGGGGAGUGCUGCUGGAAGGAGAGAAGGGGGGUGAAGUAUGAAUGGGGAGAGUGUACAUUAUGGCGCUUGGAGUCUUUUUUCCCUUCUUCUGGGGAUGGCAGCAUCCUUGG